AUGUCAUUACUGGCCUGGUACAACGCGCGGCUCGCGAGCCACCCCUACACGACGCGCGCGACCCAGACCUUCGCGACCUACUUCUGCAGCGACUGCACGGCCCAGGCCCUCGAGGGCGACACGGGCGCGGCGCCGGCGGACCGCGCGGCGCGCGCCCUGAAGUUCGCGAGCGUCGGCGGCUUUUGGGUCGGCCCGCUGCUGACGCGCUGGUUCAUCGUCAUGGACCGCCUCGUGCCCGGCCGGUCGGUCCGCGCCGUCGGCGUCAAGCUCGUCGCGGACCAGGUGCUCCAGGGUCCCUUGAUGAUCGGCUCCAUGUUCGGCCUCUGCGCGCUGUCGAACGGCGCGACGCUGUCGCAGAUCGAGCGCAAGCUCCGCGACGAGCUCUACUCGACGUGGGUCAGCUCCGUCUACGUCUGGGCGCCCGUCCAGGUCUUCCAGCAGGCCGUCGUGCCGCUCCGGUACCGCGUCGCCGUCGCCAACGGCGUGUCCUACUUCUGGGACACGUACCUCUCGCUCUGCAUGAUGCCCCACCCGGCCGAGGCCACGGGCCGGCCCGAGCCCGAGGUCCUGCCGCCGACGGCGAAGCUCGUCCGGCGGCGGACCAUGGUGUAA